CACACAUCCCAUAUCCCAAGAAGAACUUUCCUACACUCAGCAAGGAAGACGGGGAAAGAGAGCUGAUAGAGAGACAGUGCAAAGAAGAUCACAUUUACACGAUGGAGCUAAUGGUAUUUCUCAAUGCAGUCAUCACGAGACUCCUUUUCAUGCUCCACUCUUUGGUGGGAGUUUGGAGAGUCACGGUCAUUAAAAAGGACAACAUGUAUUGGCUUUUGGCUCUUGUCAACCUCCUUUUGUGCCUUGAGAUGGUGCUUACACUAAAAUUUAAGAAAGGCAGAGGCUUGAAAUGGUUUUCCCCACCAAUAUUCUGCUACCUGAUAAGUAUUGUCCCAUCUCUUUGGCUUCUUGAAAUAAACUAUGAUUUUGAGCCGUGUAGUAAAAACAGAUCUUUGGACAGUCUCCCAAUGUUACAGAACAACUUAAAUCUGAACGGAGACCCAGUGACUGUUGUUAAAACGGCCGUGGCGUUUGUUAGCGCCAUUUGUGAAACAGUUUGGACUCUUGGUCUCCACCAAACAUUCCUCCUGCUUCUGAUCAUUGGUAAAUGGCUCCUUCCAAUAGGGACAGGAACAACACGGGAGCAGCUUUCUCAGUUGCUUCUCAUGUUUGUGGGAACUGCAGCCGACAUCUUGGAAUUCACCAGCGAGACCCUUGAACAAGACAAUGUAAGAAAUAAUAUGAUUCUGGUUUAUUCUAUCCUUGCUGUCUGGACAUGGAGUAUGCUGCAGUUCCCUCUUGACCUUGCUGUGCAAAACAUUGCAUGCCAACCAGCUACUUUAAUGAAGAACCGUCUGCACAUGCUGGUCUGCAGAUACAGCGCUGACCUUUGGAAUAUAGGAAUAAGCCUGUUGAUUCAGGACGGCCCUUUCCUUGUCUCCAGAUUGAUACUCAUGGCUUACUUCAAUGUCAUCAACCAGAUGUUGGUGUUUUUCACUGCCAAGAAUAUUUUGGUAGUGAUGUUACAGCUUUACCGUCUCGUAGUCCUGGUGAUUGACUUCCGUUCAUCCUUGGAAAAGCAAAAAGACAAUAGGAAAGGAGGAGAAAGCUAUCGUCCAUGUGCAUCAAGCAAUGAAGAGGGGAAUUUAACCGUGAGCAAUGCUGAUGUAGAAACAAAGAGUUUGGAAAACAGCAGCACUGUGGUUGCCCUUGAAGAUUCUGAAGGUGGAAGUCUAUGAACCCAACACUGUGUGACACUUUCACAUUUUGGGAUGGCACAUUCUGACUUUGCUUGAAUACCAAAGGGAUAUUAGAUUUUUGGUCAGGGAUGGACUGGCCUGCAGAGAACUAGAAGAUCAACUGAACUUCGUAGUGGGCUCAAGGAAAGGAAAAUCCCAUCAGCCCUUUUCUCAUAGGCCUUUAGAACUAUUUAACACCUAUAACAUUUAACACUAGCCAUAUCUAAUUGUGAGAGCGGAGUCCAGGAUAGUGAGCCACUGGUCAACCUGUCUGAAAAGGAUGUCCAACUUGGGGUUCUCCAAUGGUUGAUGGCUCAUUGAAAGACAUACACAUGUAUUGUUUUCUUAAAUUUGGGCACCUACAUGUGUAACUGUGACCCUGAGCAGCGCAAGAAACCAUUAUUUUACCUAUUACCAAAUACAGUGGGUCAACAGUAAAAAAAAAAAGUCCAACCCAAGAACAAAAAGGCUUUGUGUAUCCCCUUAUAUUUGGCUUAUACAACGGACAUCAUUUGCCAUUAUUGUUAGAUAAAAGGUUACAAAAACAUGAAAAAUAAAGUACUGCGUAAUUUUAAAAAGAA